GGGGGGCGGGGCGCUGGGAAUGCCCUGGCGGAGACACUGAGGCCGGGUAGAGAGCGCUUGCGGGCGCGGGGCGGAGCUGCUGAGGAUCAGGACCCGAGCCGAUUCCCGAUCCCGACUCAGAUCCGAACCCGCGCCCCCGCCCCGCCGCCGCCAUGUACGACGCCGAGCGCGGCUGGAGCUUGUCCUUCGCGGGCUGCGGCUUCCUGGGCUUCUACCACGUCGGGGCGACCCGCUGCCUGAGCGAGCACGCCCCGCACCUCCUUCGCGACGCGCGCAUGUUGUUCGGCGCUUCGGCCGGGGCGUUGCACUGCGUCGGCGUCCUCUCCGGGAUCCCGCUGGAGCAGACUCUGCAGGUCCUCUCAGAUCUUGUGCGGAAGGCCAGGAGUCGGAACAUUGGCAUCUUCCAUCCAUCCUUCAACUUAAGCAAGUUCCUCCGACAGGGUCUCUACAAAUACCUCCCAGCCAAUGUCCACCAGCUCAUCUCCGGCAAAAUAUGCAUCUCACUCACCAGAGUGUCUGAUGGGAAAAACGUUCUGGUGUCUGACUUUCGGUCCAAAGACGAAGUCGUGGAUGCCUUGAUAUGUUCCUGCUUCAUCCCUUUCUACAGUGGCCUUAUCCCUCCUUCCUUCAGAGGCGUGCGAUAUGUGGAUGGAGGAGGGAGUGAUAACGUACCCUUCAUUGAUGCCAAAACAACCAUCACCGUGUCCCCCUUCUAUGGGGAGUACGAUAUCUGCCCUAAAGUCAUGUCCACGAACUUUCUUCACGUGGACAUCACCAAGCUCAGCCUACGCCUCUGCACAGGGAACCUCUACCUUCUCUCGAGAGCAUUUGUGCCCCCGGAUCUCAAGGUGCUGGGAGAGAUAUGCCUUCGAGGAUAUUUGGACGCAUUCAGGUUCUUGGAAGAGAAGGGCAUCUGCAAUAGGCCCCAGCCGGGCCUGAAGUCAUCCUCAGAAGGGAUGGAUCCUGAGGUUGCCGCGCCCAGCUGGGCAAACAUGAGUCUGGAUUCUUCCCCAGAGUCGGCUGCCUUGGCUGUGAGGCUGGAGGGAGACGAGCUGCUAGACCACCUGCGUCUCAGCAUCCUGCCCUGGGAUGAGAGCAUCCUGGACACCGUCUCGCCCAGGCUCGCUACAGCACUGAGUGAAGAAGUGAAAGACAAAGGUGGAUACAUGAGCAAGAUUUGCAACUUGCUACCCAUUAGGAUAAUGUCUUAUGUAAUGCUGCCGUGUACCCUGCCCGUGGAGUCUGCCAUUGCGAUUGUCCAGAGACUGGUGACAUGGCUUCCGGAUAUGCCCGACGAUGUCCUGUGGCUGCAGUGGGUGACCUCACAGGUCUUCACUCGAGCGCUGAUGUGUCUGCUCCCUGCCUCCAGGUCCCAGAUGCCAGUGAGCAGCCAACAGGCCUCCCCAUGCACACCUGAGCAGGACUGGCCCUGCUGGACUCCCUGCUCCCCCGAGGGCUGUCCAGCAGAGACCAAAGCAGAGGCCACCCCACGGUCCAUCCUCAGGUCCAGCCUGAACUUCUUGGGCAAUAAAGUACCUGCUGGUGCUGAGGGGCUCUCCACCUUUCCCAGUUCUUCACUAGAGAAGAGUUUGUGAGUCACUUGAGGAGGCAAGUCUAGCAGAUUCUUUCAGAGGUGCUAAAGUUUCCCAUCUUUGUGCAGCUACCUCCGCAUUGCUGUAUAGUGACCCCUGCCUGUGACAUGGAGGAUCCCAGCCUCUGAGCUGAGUUGGUUUUAUGAAAAGCUAGGAAGCAACCUUUCAUCUGUGUAGCGGUCCAGCACUUAAGUCUAAUACGUCAGCAUGCGUUAAUUCAGCUGGUUGGGAAAUGACACCAGGAAGCCCAGUGUAGAGGGUCCCUUACUGACUGUUUCGUGGCCCUGUUGAUGGUCAGACUGUUCCAGCGUGAGGUUCUUAGCAUGACCAGUGUUUGGAUGGGUGGGGGCCUUGUGAUGGGGAGUGGGCUGGCCCAUGUGUGAUCUUGUGGGGUGGAGGGAAGAGAAUAGCAUGAUCCCACUUCCCCAUGACGUGGGAAGGGGUGCAGUUCGUCCCCAAGAAGGACACUGCCUGUCGGGUGGCCUGCAAAGAUGAUAACCUUGACUACUAAAAACAUCUCCAUGGCAGGGGUAACAAGAUGAUAAUCUACUUACAUUUUAGAACACCUUUUUCACCUAACUAAAAUAAUGUUUAUAGAGUUUUGUAUAAAAAUGUAAGGAAGCGUU